UGGAGCAAAUUCUGGCCUGUACGUUCACUUUAAAAGAUUGACCGGAAUAAGUUGUGGCCCGGUUUCCGCCAAUGAUGAGUAAUAAUCAAUGACUUUAUCCAGAGCAAACAUAAUCUGCCAGGACUGACUGCACUCCACAGGGACAGUUUAUUUUUAUUUCAAAUUUCAGAAAGAUAAGUUGACUAUCUAUGCUUGCAACAAAUCGACAGUACCUGCAAACAAGCUAAAGAGUCUGUGUGUUUGAAAACUAUUCACCAAUUGAAGCAGGGGGCACAUGUGUCUGCCUGCGACAGGAGGAACAAGGAGGGAAGAAAAAAAAUCUAAAAAGUAAGUUUUUACAUUUUUGGAAAGCCAUGUUGUGGCACGGCAGGAUGUUUCAUGUUAUUUUGCUGAGUUAUCAUUUAUUAUCUCAACAAAACAUUGUAUGGAUGUUGGACACUGUCUUUUACCCCUCCCCCGACUUGUUAUUCUCAUGGAAUACUGCAUGUAAUGUGUGUGUUCAUGUAUUUUUUUAGGUGGGCCAUGGCAGCUGAUCUAGAUUUGGUGAACCUGCUAAUCAUUGCAGGGGGAACGCUGGCUAUUCCCAUCCUGGCCUUUGUUGCUUCUGUACUCCUCUGGCCCUCAGCACUCAUUAAAGUCUAUUACUGGUACUGGAGAAGGACUCUGGGCCUUCAAGUGCGCUACGCAGACUGUGGUGGCUAUCGUUUCUGUUACUCCUACAGAGGAAAGCCUGGAACAAGACCCUCCAUUUUAAUGCUGCAUGGCUUCUCUACUCACAAAGACAUGUGGCUGACUGUUGUCAAGUAUCUACCAAAACAUCUGCACAUCGUGUGUGUGGACAUGCCUGGCCAUGAGGGAACAACACGCACCAGCACAGAGGAUUAUUCCAUUAAGGGGCAGGUCAGAAGGAUUCAUCAGUUUGUGGAAACCAUUCGCUUAAGUAGGAAACCUUUCCAUCUGGUUGGAACCUCCAUGGGGGGAAAUGUAGCCGGGGUUUAUGCAGCCUGCUACCCUUCAGAUAUCUGUAGCAUGACUCUCAUUUGUCCAGACGGUAUAAGACAUCCAUGUGAGACCAAAUUUGACAAUCAUCUGCAGGACCUGGAGCACAGCAAUUACACAUUAAACAUCCCGCUGAUCCCUACUACACCCGAAGAGAUGGAGGACAUGUUCAGACUUUGUUCUCAUGUUCGCUUUAAAAUCCCCCAGCAGAUUCUCCAAGGAUUGGUAGAUGUACGGCAGCCUCACAACACAUUUUACCAAGAAGUAUUUAUGGAGAUUAUUGGUGAGAAAUCAAGAUAUGCCUUACAGGAGCACUUACAUCUGAUCACUGCACCUUUACAAGUGAUAUGGGGCAAACAAGACCAGGUGGUGGAUGUCUCUGGAGCUACAGUCAUUGCAGAGGUGUUGCCUGGAUGCAGAGUGGACCUGCUGGAGAACUGUGGACACUCUGUGGUGAUGGAGAGGCCUUGUCGGACAGCCAAACUCAUCCUGGAGUUCAUCAUCUUACAGCAAGAUGCCACAAAGAAAUCUUCCUGAAUCAAAGACUUUCGAUCAUUUCUGCAAUGCUUCACAUGUUCCUUGUACGUGACAUGCAUAUGUAGACAGACGUCCAAGCUUCAGAAAAUCUACAUUAAGACAGUAAACAAGGUUUAUUGUGUCCCAGCAUUUAUUAGAUGACAUAACAAAUCACAUUUAGUUUUUAAUGUAAACUGGAUCCUGACAAUAAAAGUCCCAAACAUUUAAGGGCGUGUGGCUGUGUUCAGAUGUGUGAAUGUCGUCAUGCUGUGGUGCCUAUGGUUGCAGCAGGACCUCCUCCCCUAGCGGGUGUAGCCUAAU